ACAGACGAUGUCUAAAACAUCCACUUUGCAUUGGGUUGUCAAUGGUAACCUGGGCACCAUGUGGAAGACCGCAGCCAUUACUCUACCAAGGGGAGACUACUCUAUCAUCCUAGAGGGCAGCAGGGGUUCUGAGUACACUAGUGACAUGGCCAUUGAUGAUAUCACAUCCAGAUUGGGGGCCUGUCCAGCUGUGAAUUUCAGUUGCCAAGACGAUCAGUUCUCCUGUCACACCACAAACUUGUGUUUGCCGAUGUCAAAGCGAUGUGAUACUGUGAAUAAUUGCGGAGACUUCAGUGAUGAGAUGGACUGUGAAUGUACAGACAAGCAGUACUAUUUCCAGUGUAACUAUGGCAACUGUAUCAAGGCAUACAUGCAGUGCGACAACAACACAGACUGUCCAGACGGGAGUGAUGAAGUAAACUGUGUGUGUCCCCGGGGUCAGGCCCAGUGCCCAGACGGGAAGUGUAUCAUGUCAGAGUGGCUGUGUGAUGGAGAUUGGGACUGUCGCGAUGGCUGGGAUGAGGACAACUGCUUAACCUGUAAGCUUGACGAGCACACCUGUCAGGAUUACACCUGUGUUCCUCAGAGUCAGGUGUGUGAUGGAGAGUACAAUUGUGCUGAUAGAUCAGACGAGGAGUACUGUGUGCGUCGUAGGUCCUGGGACAGCAUGCUGGAAGUGCGUCAUGGAUUGUCAUGGUUACCAGUGUGCUACUCUGACUGGGAUGCGGGUCUUGGACACGAAAUCUGUGACAUCACGGGUGAAGGACCUUAUAAUGGGACAGUCCGUCUGAAUUACGCCAGCUCCUCCUACCUCAGGCUGAGGGAACAACGAAACCAGCUGGAUGAAAAACUUAAACAGGAGUAUUGGGUGUGAAGACGCAGCUGUUGUUGGGGUGAAAUGUGAGUCCCGAGGCUGUGGGACAAGGUCAGUGGCCUUUGCCAGCACAUACAUUGUAGGGGGCAAUAAAUCCCCUGGGGGGAAGUGGCCGUGGAUGGCUUCCUUCACGUUCCGCGGGACACACGAGUGUGGGGGAACGCUGAUAGCUCCGCAGUUUGUGCUCACAG